AUGGCCACCGAAGAUCAGGUGAAGGACAUGAUCCACAGAUGGCAAAAUACCCCAGAGGACGAUUUGAAGCCAGAGGACUACGAGCAGUUCAAGAGUUUGGGAUCUGCCAGUCUCACCCAGGGGGACGGUGCACGACUCAUGGAAUUCCUUCAGGAGGAGAAAAACCAGGGGAUGGUGAGGUCUAUGGGAUGCGUUCUCAUGGCACCUCUUCUAGCCCAAGUGGUUAAAAAGGAGAAGAGUCUCGCCCACUGCCAGGCCGCCAUCACACACUUGACCACGACUUGCCGGCCGAAUCAACUCCUACACAGCUUGCUAGAACUCAUUGAAGACAUUGACCCGGGGGCCAUUUCUGAGACCGUCCUGGCCCUUGUCCCGCAUCUUCAAACAGUGCUGCUGCAGCUGGGCGAUGGGAAGGCGGCCUGUGUGGGCUCGGCCCUGAGUGGCCUGCAGAGGCAGCUGUCCCGGCUGCCUCUGCCGUACACCCGGCAGCAGGAGGAGGCCGAUGAGCACGGCCUGUGCCGCGGCUACGGCGCCCUGGCUGCGUUGGCCCGGCCGUUCGUAGAGGAGGUGAAGCGGAGGAACGGAGACCGCGUCGCCACCGCUGAGGAGGAGGAGCUGAGGACCGAGCUGCUCAAGUUCUGCAUGAGGAGCUUGAGGGAGCCCUUGCUCGAGGCCGAACUGAACCGGGACAGUAAAUCGUCGCUGUGGCUCUUCGCAACGGAGAUAAUGCUCUCGCUGCCUGCGAUCCAAGAGUCUCCGUCGGAGCUCCUGUUCUUCAGCCCUCCGAAGAAAAGUGCCCAGUUGGACGUCAGUCCGGCCAUGGAGUCCAGAGCCUGUGCGGCCUAUCUGCUGUUCGUGCAGCUCAUCGGCAUCGACAGCUUCCCGGCAGUGUUCAGCCCUCUAUUUGUUCUCCAGCGCAACAUGGACUACAUCAGUCAACUCCUCAGUAGCAAAAAUGAAUCACACUUGCUCAAAGGACUGGCGCUGUUUGCAAAAAGCUUGGAGAGGGUGCAGGACCACAGCCUCCCAGUGAGUCUGCUGGAACUGAAGAGCUUCUACAGUGCGCCACAGAAUCUGAGGGAAGUUCUUACCGACUGCCCGAUGCGGCACUUGAGACAAUCGGGGCUACAGGUUUUCCAGCUCUUCAUCGAUAAGUUAGAUGCUGAAGCGAAGCACAAGUUCUUCAGGUGCAUGUUGAAAACCAGCAACCACGCAGGAGUGGAGAGUUACAUAGUAAAGAACAUCAGGAAUCAAGUUGAAUUUUCUAUGAAGCCGGGCAACGCCAAUAACGGGUUCCUGGGGGAGGAGCUUCUCUCACUGCUGGGUCUGGUGUUGUGUUUGCCACAAGGAGCCGGGACAGAUUUGCUCAACAGUAUGGACAGGGUAAUGGAGGGCCUGAAUCUUCUGCGCUACCUCCUCCUCAGAGACGAAGACCUGAGGAGCACCACAGAUGUGUGGGAAAAGCUGAGCGGGAUCAAAGACGAAUACCUGAAAAUGCUGCGCGUGUGUCUCGGCAUAUCGAGAGGGUAUUACUCCGCUGAGCUUAAGGCACUGAGGGCGGAUCGGAAGAUGAAAGCAAAAGAAGCCAGAGAGGCUGCCAGAUCCAGCAGGUUAAUAAAAAGCAUGACGGUGAAACACGAGGAAGGGUCCAACAUGUCCCCAGAGGUCCAGCACCAGGUGCUGCAGAGUGCUUUGGUGACAUUUGACCUGAUGGAGAGUCUGAUAGUCCGGAUCGAAGAGAUCACAGAAGAAAAGCUGAAGAUCCCAAACUGAAUCCAGGGGCCAAAAGAUCACUGCAUGCUUCCAGGUUGUUUUGCAAAAAAACCCACCUUUUUAUUUAUUUUUGAAUGAUGAAAAAAAACAUGCAUGAAAAAGAAAAAGGUAAUGCCAAUAUG